CGAGCAUUGAGUCUGGUUUGAGUUCUUGCCGUGAGCGGUCCUACAUUUCGUGCGAUUCCGGCGAUUCACAGAAACACUCGAUACACUUGAUCUCGUUCUCGUACUCACAGCGAGCAAGAGGUGAUCAUCGCCGAUCGAGUGAAUAAAUUAGAUAUUCGACAUAUUCAAUACGUACUGAUCAGUGUUGUUAGCAGCAGCAGCAGCAGAGCGAUCAAAAGGCGAUCGAAGCAGCCGGCGAAAUGGGAAGAACACUGGAAAUAAACGGAAGACAGAAUGAUAAGAGUCUGGAGAAGAAUCCGGAGCGCUUCACGAAUAAUGUGACGGAGAAAGGCGGCGAUCCCGAGAACGGAGACCCGGUGCGCAGACGCGGCCAUGAGACCAGCGAACUGGAGGCGGCCACGCAUCUCUUCAAGGGCAGCGUGGGCGCCGGACUCUUCGCCAUGGGCGAUUGCUUCAAGAACGGCGGAUUGGCUGGAGCCACCAUCCUGCUGCCCAUCAUUGCGGUGAUGUGCGUCCACUGCGAGCGCAUGCUGAUCCGUGGUUCCGUGCUGGCUGUGGAGCGCACGCCCGGCGUGGACUUUCUCGACUAUCCGGAAACAGUGGAGAAGUGCUUCGAGCACGGGCCACGCCCACUGCGGAAAAUGUCGCGCGUGAUGAAGCUGAUCGUCGAAAUGUUUCUCUGCGUCACGCAGUUUGGCUUCUGCGCCAUCUACUUUGUCUUCAUCACGGAAAAUCUGCACCAGGUCCUCCAGCAGAACGGCAUCGAUAUCAGCAUGAGCAUGGUGAUGCUGAUCACCCUGCUACCGGCGAUGAUUCCCUCGCUGAUGACCAACCUGAAGUACAUCUCGCCCGUGUCGCUGUUCGCCAAUGUGGCGCUGCUCUUCGGCUUGAUUGCCACCCUGACCAUAGCCUUCUCGGAUGGACCCAUGCCGUCCGUUGGCGACAGGCACCUCUUCACUGGCGGAGCUCAGUUGGCCCUGUUCUUUGGUACCGCUCUGUUCUCCUACGAGGGCAUCGCCCUCAUCCUGCCGCUCCGGAACUCGAUGCGCCGACCGGAGAAAUUCAGCACCCGGUUUGGAGUGCUCAACUCCACGAUGUUCUUUACCACGGCCCUGUUCAUCUUCACCGGAUUCGUGAGCUAUGUGCGAUGGGGCGAGGAGGUCGCCGGCAGCAUAACCCUAAAUCUUGUGGUGGAGGAAGUCUUCUCGCAGGUGGUGAAAGUUAUCGCCGCCUUGGGCGUUUUCCUGGGCUACCCCAUCCAGUUCUUUGUGAUGAUUAAGAUUUUGUGGCCCCCACUAAAGAGGUCUAGUAACUGCUCUCAAAAGUAUCCCAUUACCUCGCAGGUGUGCCUCCGCUUCUUCAUGGUGAUGAUGACAUUUGGCGUUGCGCUGGUCGUUCCCAAGCUCAAUCUGUUCAUCUCGCUGAUCGGAGCACUGUGCUCCACCUGUCUGGCCUUUGUGAUUCCGGUACUGAUCGACUUCGUGACGCGGGCGCAGGUGCCCAAGGCACUGGGGGUGUGGUCCUACAUCAAAAACAUCCUCAUCCUGACGGUGGCCGUGCUGGGCAUCGUCACUGGCACCUACCAGAGCAUCGUGGAGAUCGUCAAGGAGUUUAAGUAGGCUUAGAGCGCUAGCAAGUAUCUUUUUUGUACAUAAAUAAUGCUGUCAUUCCGCGGAACUAUGUGAAUGCGUUGUCCUGUUCUGUUGUAAGAUUAAUUUGUGUAUUUUUCCACAAUUUUUUUUUUAUUAUUUUGUUGAUAGUUUUAAGCUGUGCAUUUGUUUGUAUGUAUAAAGAAAUGUUUAUUUGGCACAAAAACGAAAAGGAGGCAUAAAGCAAAAACAUGAUCUGCAGCUAUAACCCAUUUUAAUAAUUGAUUACCAAACCAAUGAGGCUUUGAUUGUGUGAGAGCCUGCAAAUGAUCGUUAAAGCCAUAUGUAAUAAAUACUAUUCAUCGAUUUUAUAAAUAUAUAUAGAGUAUUAACUAGCCUUCAGCCAACAAUGUUUUACACUAAGUUCGCUUACAAUGUAAAAAAUAAAAUGCACAACGAAUUUAAUACA